CUCAGCUUGCUUUAGCUGGAUAGUUAUCAGCUGGGAAACCUUUCCCACUGUAGGCUGCAGCAGUUAAAGGACUAUUUGGAAUAUCAAAGUUGGGUUUUUUUUGCAGUGAUUUCUUUUUGUGAUCCUCAGUGUUUGCUGCCUCCCAAAAAAAUUCAUCAGAACUCAGUUCCAUCUGGGCUCAGGACUGGAAAGCUCUUCUCUAAGCUGAUCAAAGAUGUUUAUUAAAGUUCAAUUCUUCAUCUUCAUCCUAGGGAUCAUGCCUUUCAUAGCACUUGCUGAAGAAGCAAGCUCAGCUCUAGAAGAAGAAAGUGCAACAAUUGACUUCAGAGACAGAAAUGACACAGAAUAUGAAGAAUUGCCAACUGGGUUGCCCACAAGACUACACACUGUAACAAAUCUCUUGCAGUUUGGACAACUGAUGACCACAGAAAGUGCUUUGGCACCAGCUGAAGACAGUGGUAAUUCUACUGGUUAUGAAGCCAACACAGAAAACGCUGAUGGUGGACUGAGUCAGGGACCAGAGAAACCUGAAAAAGGUGGUCUGGAAACAAUUGCACUGGUUGGAAUAAUUAUUGGAAUCAUAGUUGCAGUUGGAAUCCUUGCAGGAAUAAUAAUUGCUGUUGUAAGGAAGAUGUCAGGCAGGUACUCGCCCUGAGAAUAGAUGAAACAAGCAACCAUGCCAUUAUACACCAGAAAAUACAAGUGCUUCUUAUUUCAUACAAACUAAAGACUGUUCCUGUGCUGGUGUGAGGAAAUGAUCCAUGGAAAAUAUGGUCAAAGACUUCCAGUUCUAUGGGGAUCUCACAGCUCUAAGGACUUCCCCCUUGCCCCAGACUACACAGUAUGGAACCUUUCAUAGGAUUUGUUACUAACCAGGUAUUUGCUAAAGGAAACAAAAAGAUUAUGCAGUAAGAAAAAGCCCAGCAGCAAUGAGCCUUACAUCUGAAAUGUGAUUUGCAGGUCAUAGAUAUAUACUAGCUUGAUUUUUUUAAAUGCUAGCAAAGAUUAUUUCACAUGGCAUUUUAUGCAUCCCUUCAAAACCACCUCCAGAAUGUCAGUGGUUUUUUGGUUGGUUAAGUGCUUAUGGCAUGUUUAUCUACUAGAUGAUGUAUCAAAGGGAAGAGUUAGCUCCAGAGAGAACCAAUUAUUUACAAAGUCAUAAAAAGUAGGAUACUGGAAGCUAAACUCUCUCCACUGUUGAGACAGAUUUUCUGCUCUUGAUAUUUAUAUGGCAAAAUAUGGUAGGCCCAGCUGGACCUGACCUACCAACCGAAGGCUUGCUCAUCCAACUGCUGCACCAGGAAUUUCCUGUCUAUCCUGUCUGCAGGGACACACAGGGAUUGAAUUACACAUCCUGAAUUCAAGGGUGCUUGGAAAAUACCCAGUUUUGAUGGGUCACUUUAAGCAGUUACUCAGCACGCUCUAGAGCUGACAUGUAGAAGCUUUUGAGUUGGUCUGUACCAGUUUUUUCCUUGAUAAAACUGUUUUGUUUCCUGACUGUAGUUGGCUUGUUUAAUGCCACGAGUUCAACACUAGACCAGAACGAGGUAUAAAAGUACCUUUGGAGUCUGCAGCUUUUCUGUGGCAUAUUUAGUGCAGCAGCACCUGAAUGCACAUAGCUCAGAGCAAAGGCUUUGUAUGUCAGGUGGCUGCUGUCCUCGUGCUUUCUAAACUAAGGCACUCCAGUGUUUAGUGUAGAAAAGAUAAUAUGGUCAAUAAUUGCUAAGCAUGUCAACUUCUCUAGAUCUGCAUUUCUGUUUCCUUCAUGUGCCAUGAAUUAUCCUGUCAUCAUGGGUUUUGGAAAUAAAGAUUAGUGUCAAUUGUCUUAUUUUACAA